ACAGUCAACGUGUUUACACUAAACAGCCGUCACAUCGACGGAUACUCCUCUACUGACGUUAGGCAUAAAGGCCAUGAGCAAGACGACAAGGAGGCAAAAUUCAGCUUCUAUUAUCUCAACAUAGCACUGGUUAAGACUGUCAGGUGGCAGUACUAAAAUAAGCGUAUUGGUCCACCUAUUGAACGCAGCACAGUAGCGAUUCUCUUUGGUAUGAAUUCGACAAGGCCGUGUCAGGCUUGCUGAAUUACGUGAUACCAGAAGUCUACGCAUGAGUCACGCAUUUCCCACCAGUGUCUUUUGUGCCGUAGAAAACGUGGACGAAUGAUGAUAUUGACAGCGGCGUUCUGGAAUGCACGACGACACCGAGACAUGUGUGUCCAAAGAAAAUUAUCAUCAUUGACCACCACACUGAUGAAAUCAUAAAUUCGACAGAAAUUACGAACGCUGCAUGUAACUCAUUAUACACUGGAACUGUGAUGUCCUGGACGGACGAUGACGCACUUUACGCUCUCGACACCGGUGUGCUGGACAUCACGACCAGCCCGAAACACGUGUGUCCGCCGAAGAUCGUCACCUUCGACCUCCGCACUGAGGAGAUCGCAAACAUUACAGUAAUUGACAAUGCGGCUUGCAACUCAUUGUACGUCACGUUAUAGGUGUGGAACCCAAAAGAAUGGCACGCAAACAUUGUGGCAUUGCACUGCUGCUGCUGUUAUCGCUAGCAAUUGCAGAUGCACAUCGGAAUCGAAAAAUCAAAACGACAGCGGUUAACAGCGACGAACUGAAGGAUGAUUCCAGGUCAGGGAAGCCUGAACUAGUGACCGUUAUUGCUUUAAAGGAGGCGAAAUUCGACUUUGGUGACAACGCAACCGUGGAGCAAUAUCUACGAGACAGCGGCAACUACGAUCCCAAAUCUGUGCUACCGUAUGACGUAACAGUGGACACAGCAUCCCGCAACCGCAUAUUUGUGGCGACGCCACAGGUUGCGCGAGGCAUCCCGGUCUCUCUCAGCACUUCCCCAUUCCAGGAUCCAGGCAGCUCGUCGCUGAAGCCGUAUCCCAGCCUGGACAUGCAUCGCACAACCGAGGACACCAUCACAGACUGUAACACGCAGCUGGUGUCCGUCUUCACUACCACGAAAACGUCGGCAGAUGAGGAUACGCUCUUCGCCAUGGACAGUGGUGUUUUGGACAUAAUCAAGAACCCGAAAGCGGCGUGUCCCCCUAAAAUUGUCAGCUUCGACUUGGAAACCGACAAGGUCAAAAGCGUGACAAUAAUAGAGAAUGCUGCCUGCAACUCUAUUUACACUUUAAUUCGGGUGGAGCAGUGCGCGGAUGGCAGAUUGAUGGCCUACAUCGCCGACACCGUAGGCUUCCGGCUGGCGGUGACAGACCUCACCACUGGGGUCUCCAAACACCUGCACAGUCAGUAUUUCUACCCCAAGCCGGGCUACUUUUUCACCAAGGCGGGUGGUCCUUCUACUUAUCUUCCGUAUGGUCUGUACGGGAUAUCAGGAGAUGACAGAUGCGAUGGGACACUGUACAUGCAAGGUCACGCGACGAACAUACAAGCUGCCGUGAAGAAGGAAGUCAUCCGGAACGCGAAUGAUGGUGACAUUCUCGACACCAUGACACAGGUGGCGCUGCCCGGGCGCCUGGAGGGCCCCAGCGGUCCCCUGGCGGCGGACCCCAGCGGCCAGCUGCUGUUCUUCCCCGAGCAGGACGCGCUGGCCGUCUACUGCUGGAACACCAGCAAGCCGCACCACCCGCGCAACUUCCGGAUGAUCGCCCGAGACAGCGAGAGGCUGCAGUACUUCAGCCACAUGGAGGUGGAUCCCGCUAGUAUGCGACUAUAUCUGGGCACCAAUCGCUUCACCAAAUACCUUUCCAGGACUAUCGACUAUUCCGACUAUAACUACCGACUUUUGUACAUCAGUCUGAGUGGAAUUACGUGUUAGGUAGAGGUAUUAUCUUGUUCAGCUGUGACUCCCUCUGGAUUUGGUGGUUCAACGAGAACCAAAGCAUGGACAAUAUCUUCUUUCACACAUGUUUAUUUGCAGGAUACAGAAAAUGACGUAAAUAAAAUAACACUAUCCAGCAA